UUCUCACUCCGUGCAAGGAGGGGGAUUGCAGUCAAAUCAGGAAGGAGCUCAAAAGAGGCCACAGGAAUCUGACGGGCAGACUGGACAAACAGGCGGGGCAAAUAUCACCGGAAAGGCCAAGUGGCUUCAGGGAAGCUCUUGAGAGACCAGCCCUACCAUGGAGGGAGGACUGGGAGUCCAGCCAGUGGGAAGCCCACAGGCAUGAUGUGGCUCGAAUUAUGCUCCUAAGCGGCCAUGAGCUCAGAAGCUCUCCCAGAGGCGCCAAGGGCUGAGCGCGGCGAGACCAGAGGCGGAACAAGGAAACCCAGUCCAAAAUUUGAAAAAUAAACCAUGAAGUGCAGUGAAAAGGACUCAGCAGAUUCCAAAGAAAGUGAUUUGGCGAGAAAGAAACUGGACUGGUCCUGCUCGCUCAUCGUGGCCUCUCUCGUGGGCGCCUUCGGCUCCUCCUUCCUCUACGGGUACAACCUGUCGGUGGUGAAUGCCCCCGCUCAGGAAGUACACUCUGCUGGUCAACAAUGGGUUUGCGAUUUCGGCUGCAUUGCUGAUGGCCUGUUCCCUGCAGGCAGGAGCCUUCGAAAUGCUCAUUGUGGGACGCUUCAUCAUGGGCGUGGAUGGAGCCUUCCAGACUUUCCUGGGCAAAGAGGAUGUCUCCCGAGAGGUGGAGGAGGUCCUGAUGGAGAGCCGCGUGCAGAGGAAUGUCCAGCUGGUGUCCGUGCUGGAGCUGCUCCGGAGUCCCCUCGUGCGCUGGCAGGUCUUCACUGUGGUCAUCACCAUGGCCUGCUACCAGCUCUGCGGUCUCAAUGCGAUUUGGUUCUACACCAAUAGCAUCUUUGAAAAAGCUGGGAUCUCGCCAGAAAAGAUCCCAUACAUCACCUUGAGCACCGGUGGCAUCGAGACUUUGGCCGCUAUCUUCUCUGGCUUGGUCAUCGAGCGCCUGGGACGGAGACCCCUCCUCAUGGGUGGCUUUGGGCUGAUGGCCCUCUUCUUCGGGAUCCUCACCAUCACACUAACGCUGCAGGACAACCUGCAGUGA